AUGGUGAUUUCCAGCGCAAAUGCACUCAAUUUGUUUGGAACCCAUGGAGAUAGCUAUCAAGCAGUUGGUAACCAACACUUGCAAGAGUCCGACACUCAUCACUGGUCUGGUGAAGGCACUGCUUUGGUUAGCAUCUUCGCGAAGGCCGGCUCUUUGAAGGCUGAAGCUUCAGUCCUCGACUCUUCUGGCAGGAAUCUAGAAACAGUGAUACUUACUCGGUCUACAGGUAUUCUGAGGAAUUCCUUGAAUCAUGACCGGGAUGUUAUCAAUGCCGCUGCUUUGAACAUAACACUUAUGACAUGGAACAUAGCAAAAAAAACUGUUGGAAGAAGCUUUUGUACCUGGGCAUUCUACAGACUGAAGCUCCACCCUUUGGCCCCCAUUCCAGGACCACCCCAUUGGAUUCUAUCUCGUCUUCCAUUCGUAUGGGCUCUAUAUCGAGGACGAUAUGUGACACGAAUUACAGAACUCCACGAAAAAUACGGCCCAGUUGUACGUACUGCCGCAAAUGAAGUGUCCUUCACCAACGAACAAGCAUGGACUUCCCUAUACGCUCCUCGUAAAGAUGCCGCUAAAAGUCCUUUCUGGUACGCACCACGUCAGAAUAAUGGCUCUUAUGGUAUUUUUACCGCGCCUAGCGGCAUCACUCAUGGACGUUUCCGUCGAGCAUUCUCUCCAGCUUUCACACAGAAAUCUAUGCGCGAACUUGAACCUAUGAUAUUACAUCAUAUAGACAUAUUGAUAUCACAACUCCAAAAAGAAGCAUCUAAAGAUAUACCCUUGGAUAUCGUUCCAUGGUUUGAAUACAUGGCUUUCGAUAUAGUUGGUGAACUCAGCUUCAGUAAAUCAUUCCACACUCUCACCUCCAACGAAAAUCAUCACCUCGUCGUUGCCCUCAGAAAAGUAAUGACUUUCUUCACACAAGCUGUGGUUCCUCGUGUUCUUGGCCUAGAACUCUUCUGGCAAUUCAUUGUUUCGAAAGUUUCCCGUCAGAAGCGCGCUGCGUAUAAUAAAUCCCUUAAUGACUUUACUCACGAACGACUCAAUUCAGGCGCACCUCCUGGACGAAAAUAUUCGGAUCUCAUGACAUAUUUCUCGCUUGCCCGCGCUGAUGGCCGUGGUCUUACAGCUACAGAAACGGAAAACGCAAUUGGGGAUAUUAUGAUUGCGGGUAGUGAGACGGUUGCUACGACAUUAACUUCUAUUGUCUAUCAUCUUGUGAGAAAUACUGAUGCGCAUAGAGUUCUUACUAGUGAGGUUAGAGGAGCUUUUAAAGAUGGAAAUGAUAUCACGAUUCAAGCAGUUACGAAUAUGGAAUAUUUAAAUGCGGUUAUUAAUGAAGCUAUGAGAUUAUGUCCUAGUCUUCCUAUGGUUCUGCCGAGAAUGACACUGGUCAAUUUCGCACAACUCCCUGCUUACAUCUCACCAACCAAUUUCGCUCGUCCAAAUGACUUUAUUCCCGAGCGCUGGCUCCCAGAUUCAACACUUACACCUCAUAACAUUGGGUUUGUUUGUUUGGGGGUGAGGGAGGGGGUGAGAGAGUAA